AUGUUUGCUCUUCUCUAUUUGUUGCUAGCUACAUCAAACGCUUGGGCAGAGCAUGAACCACCACCGGAAAGCACCACCAUACUCUUCACUUCACUCGGCAGCCGAUCAGUUUACGCUUUUGAUAUCUUUACUCUCCCUCUCCCUAUAGCUGAUGACGACACACCAAAUUCCUCAGAAGAACUUCAGAUUACCGACGGCAGUUCAAUCAAUUUCAAUGGCCAUUUCCCUUCUCCGUCAUCCUCUGUCUCGCUUCUCUCUCUUUUACCCAAUCAAACCUUCAUUCGCUUCCCGGAGGAACACAAUUCUGCUACUAUCACCGUCGUUUACGCCACUGAACGCGAAGGGUCAUCCAACAUCUACUUUGAUAUCGUCGAUUAUGGUUCAUCGCGAAGCACCACAUCAGGGUCAGAAAUUGAAGUAGCUCCACGUGUCCAAGUGCCAUUGUUGAAAGGCAAUAACAUUGGAGUUUCGUUUAAGGAUAAGCCAAGUGUGACCGGAGAUUGUUUGGUUUACGUUUCCACUCAUGAAGACCCUGGAAAAGCUAGAGCCAGUUGGGCUGCUGUCUACUCUACGCAGCUGAUAACCGGGUUAACUCGCCGUCUAACUCCAUAUGGAAUUGCUGAUUUUAGUCCUGCAGUAUCCCCGUCGGGGAUUUAUACAGCUGUAGCAUCUUACGGAGAGAGGGGAUGGAAUGGUGAAGUUGGUGUAUUGAGUACUGAUAUUUAUAUCUUCUUGACUUGUGAUGGCACUCGUCGAGUUAAAAUUGUCGAAAACGGCGGUUGGCCGAGUUGGGUGGAUGAUUCGACACUCUAUUUCCAUAGAAGGAAUCAAGAAGACGGUUGGAUAAGUAUUUACAGAGCCAUAUUACACAGUCAUAAUCCGUUUAAAACUAACUCAGUGGUUAUCGAACGAGUCACCCCGACGGGUCUUCAUGCAUUUACUCCAGCUACUUCUCCAGGUAAUUACAAAUUCAUAGCAGUAGCUACAGGGAGACCCAAUACAGAGUAUAGACACAUAGAGCUAUAUGACCUUGUUAACAACCGAUUUAUUGAGUUAACUCGGUUAAUAUCCCCACAAACUCAUCAUUUUAACCCUUUUAUCUCGCCCGACUCAGCCCGAGUUGGGUAUCAUAGAUGCAGAGGUGCUUCUACAAACAAAAAGAGCAGCACCAAAUUCAUGUUAGAGAAUUUAAAAAGCCCGGUACCUUAUAUAUCGCUCUUUAGAUUCGACGGUUCGUUUCCUUCUUGGUCUCCGGAGGGUGAUCGAAUCGCUUUUAUAGAAUCCUCUGGCGUACAUGUAGCGAACAUGGAUGGUUCCAACUGGCGUCAAGUUUAUCCUGGUUAUGCAUUUCCAACAAUUUGGGACCCGGUUCGACCGGGGGUUGUUUACACCAGUACCGGUCCUCCGUUUGCGAGCGAGACUAGCCAGGUUGAUAUAAUCUCAAUCAACGUGGAUCAAGUAGGCAGUUUUAGAAAAUUGACAAUUGACGGUAAAAAUGGGUUUUUGACACUUUAG